AUGACAAGGACUUCGACUUUACCAGGUAUCCGUAUGAACAAAAUCCCAGUGUCUCUGCGUUUUGCGGUGGCUUUUUCGAACAUCGGGAGUGUCCGAUUCGUAAGGCUAUGGAAAAGCAUAACAGUAUGGGCCCGGUAUUUGAAUACGAGGCCAAUUACACUAGUGCAACCGGCUACUGGAUGGCUUUCAGUGAAGCAGCGAUGGUACUCCAGAACGACGCCAUCCCGAAAAAAAGGGGACGACAAGGCCCUGCUCUACGACUUUUGGUCGCAGAUGGCCGUCAGAUACGGUCUUCGAAUUGCCGGUCUCCGCUGUGAAUUUUACCGAAUGGUACCUCGGGACCCUACCUAUGCCAAACUCGUUAUGCCUUCGCUUGAACAGAGAAACGAGCUACCAGCUGCGGACGAUCUCGUAGAACCGAUGGAGAAGCUGGAAACACACAUUUGCAGUCAAUUGAUGAAGGCAGUCGCCACCUUAAACGCCAGAAACGCACGAAGCGUGCCGGAAAGAGGGGCGCUGCCAAGGGCCAGUAGUCGCCAUAGUAUUUGGACGCUCUCUUUGGCUCGAAACGCAUCUUCGUGUUGAUAAAUGGCGCCGCCUCGUAGUUUUUAUGCCGAGCAGUCCAGUACGAGAUAUUCGAUCCGCCAGCAUCCCCAUUUGUACGUGGAAAGGGGGAAGAAUUGGGAAUAAUUCCGCAGUCAGAAGAAGACAAAGGCUUUGCAUGCCAGGGUUUGGCGGAAAGAUGUCGUUCAGGGAUAUAUCGAGAGAUAAGUCAGCAGCACGCAUCCCGAGCAAUGGUGAAUGGAGCCAUAAUUUCUUCAGCUUUUACAGUCUGGCAAGACACUGGAGACGGAGAAAAAGGACGCUUCGUCGUUAAUUUGUCCAAGCAGUCACAGCAUUUGGCAAAGGGUUCUGUUCGGAUGGAGUCCCUGUCCCAGUUUGGAAUGGAAGUUCAGAGGGGAGACCAUUUCGUCUCAAUGGACUUUUUACAAGGGGUACAGACAUUUUCGCUUGGCCUCAGCAAUGAGGGAUUGGUUUAUUUCCGGUAGGAAGACCGAUACUACCAGUGCAUUGCUUUACCCUUCGGUUGGGGGCGUUCCCCGUUGUGGUUCACCCAGUUUGUCGCGCCUUUCGCUCGCGAGAUGCGAUCCCGUGGAUACCGUGUCCUGGCAUAUGUACACGAUUUUUUGAUCGCUCCAUCACCUUUUGGGGUCGUCGCAACAUCACAGCAUUACCGAGACGCUGUCCCGGUUAUUUCGACGCUCCUGGGGGCCCUUGGUCUUCGGCGGCACCCGAAGAAGGGCGAUUGGAAAGGUUCCCCAAACAUCGAGCAUCUGGGUGUUCAGAUAGACAGCGUGACAAUGCGCUUUCUUAUCGCUCCCCGAAAGCUGAUGAAAGUACAGUUGCUUGCACGACAAAUUCUGAAAGUCGUUCGCUACAGGAGGCGAUGGGUCUCUGUCAAGAGAGUGGCUCACUUUUGCGGUAUCUGCGUUUCGUUGAUGAUCGCAAUGCCGUGGGCACGCUUUUCCACGGGGUCUCUUUACUGGGAUAUGUCCAGCACACGGCAACGGGAUGCGAGUGGCCGUUGCCGGCUCACGCAUCAGAGCAUUCGAGACCUGAUCAAAUGAAAGCAACUCACUUGUCAAGAACUAUCUGGGCGUCCGAUGGUUCCCCACGCCGAUCGCUGCCGUACCACUGCAAAGGCGCUAAAUGCAGGAACAAUAAUAUUCAGUGUUCCAGGGAUUUGAUUUUUGCGAAUUGAUAUAUAUAUAUACAUAACAGCAAUGCAACCAGUCAUGUUAGCUGAAAUGUUUCGUAAAAGUUAUUAAACGUAAAAACAAAAAGUAGCAGGAUCGCUCAUGUUUGU